CACUGAACAAACAUGGAUGAGCACCACGGGCCAGCUCGCUAUGUCAUAUUACAGAACAGCAGUCUGUGGUUUAUGGAACCCUGAUUCACCCCGCAGCGCCAUGACUCUUUACUUUUUGGAUUCCCUGUCAGGAAAAAAAAAAAAACUGGAUGUGACUCUCUCUGUAGGCGGGACUUAAACUUUAGGAACUUAGUUCGAAAAACUACAUCCAACAGUGGGUUUUUUUCUCACUGGGGGAGAAGCAGUCGCCGGUUGUUUUAGAUCUGAUCUUUUGGAGGAAUACCGCUGCAGUGCACGGUACUGAUCUGCAACCAGCCGCUGUGAUGGGUCUGAUCACGUUUACAUGUGCGAUCGUUACUAGAGCGUUAUUUAUCCUCGUCGCCCUGGUCGGGGUCUUGAGGGUGACAUGGGUGAAGAACGAUACCACGUACUGGUUCCUGACUUUCCUAUUUCUGCCUCUUGUCGUUGAGAUGAUAGUAACUCUGAAGAGUCGAAAGGGACAAGAUUACAAAUGGUUUUCUCCCCCUAUCUUUCUGUUUCUCGUCAGUAUCAUUCCUUCCAUCUGGCUCCUGGAGCUCCACCACCAGCAGAACAAGACCAGCGACCCUCAGUGCAGAAAUCUCAGCUCUUGGGAUAAUUUGCGUGACGAGAUCACUCUGAACAAGACCAUGGGAAACUCCACUUCGUACCAGGACUACCUGAAGAACAUUGAGGUGUUGUUUUCAGCUGUCUGUCCCAACAACUGGAUCCUGGCUCUACAUCAGGUCCUGCUUAUCCUCCUCAUUGUGGGGAAGUGGCUGCUCCCCCUGGGAGGCGGAGUCACCCGUGACGAGCUCUCGCAGCUUCUCCUAAUUUUCGUGGGCACGGCGGCAGACAUCCUCGAAUUCACUAGUGAGACGCUGUCAGAUGUCAAAGAGAACAGUCCAGAGCUGGUCUACAUCAUCUUAGCUGUAUGGACUUGGAGCAUGUUGCAGUUCCCCCUACAUCUGGCCGUGGUGAACUCCACACCAAGUGGUGAGGGUGAGGACGGCGUCCAGGAGCCUUCCCUCUUGGCCAGACACAGCACGGACAUGUGGAACAUCGUGGAGGCCCUGUUCAUCCAGGACGGGCCUUUUCUGGUGGUCAGGCUCACCGUCAUGACCUACUUCGGCGUCUUACACCAGAUGCUGGUUUUCUUCGCCAUUAAGAACUUCCUGGUGGUCAUACUGAACUUGUACAGGUUCGCUGUCAUUUGCCAGGACGUCAAACCUUCCACAGGCAGCGCCGUCCCAUGAGUUGGACGAACCAGCUCUGGGUGGGGGAGACAGGAGAUAAACACCCAACAUUUUACAGUUAUAGUGGACAGGCAAAAACUGCAACUGGACCAGGAGAAGAAGGAAAUGCCUGCUCUCUGUUUUCUUCUUACAACGUACUUGACUCUGAGGAAUCAAUUAGUUCAGAAUAAUAAAUGCUGUAGAGAGCAGAAAACUGUGAGCUACCAUUGUCUUUCACUUGCAAGGCGAUGAAGUUGUCAAAUUCACAUUCCACACUUGACUGCCUAGCAUGAUUUCGAAGCUUGUACUUCACCUCAUUUACAUUUCAGCCCCUCUGAACCUCAGGCCACUACACACACACACACUUAAAUGUGAAAGCACAUGAACACACUGGGCUAAAACCUGGUUUGAGUGAUAUAUGACAAGGCCUUGCUGAGAGAGCAGGCAGGGGACACAGAUAUGAUCACAUAAUCAGAUAAUUCACAUUAGUAAGCCUGUAAGCAAAAUACAGUGUAUGAAAGUAGUCCUAAAGCACAACAAUCUUCUGAUCAACGCAGCUCCUACAGUAACUGAAGCCUGGCUGCUCCCUAGAUAAGGACUGGACGGUGUGAUGCUUGGCAUUUUUUAUUGAGCAGAAGUGAGGGCAGGAAGGAAGACAGAGAGAUACAAGAUGACUGAUUAGGCUUUUCAGUGUUGAGGCUGAAAACCAUUUCCCUGGUCUUCAUUGAGGCAGGAAUCUAGAACUGUGACUGUGAAAAUAUCCUAUCUUACUGGCUGUUCGACAAAACCACCAUAUCAACACUGGACAAGGAUUUAGUUUCGGUGAAGGGGACCAUGAAUUCUUUUUAUCUUUUAUAUUUAAAUGGGCAAGAAAUCAAGACAAGAGGGAAAAUAUUAUCUUUCCAAACUCUGGCUGAUAUUAUUUUGUACCUCUUGUAUAAUCGCCCUUCAAAAAAAUAUGAAACACUGUAUUCACAGGUCAAAAAAAGUCAUUGUAUUUGUUAUCUCGAAGUGAUUCAAUCCUCACUGUUAGUCUUGGCUAAUGCUGACUGACAGUUGUAACUUAAUGAGAUGUUAGAGAGUAAUUUGCAUUUGUGCAAUAUCUUUAAAAAUAAAGAGACUGUAGAUGCAUAAAACUGCACUCAGGUAAACAGCCCAGUUUGAGUUUGUGUGUGACAUACCCUUUAAAACCAUGAAUUAUUGUGGGCUUUAUAAUGCCAAAGAAUCAGUAUUAUGACUCCCUGGUUUAUGUGAAAGCAUUUAGAAGCCAACCUCAGCACAAACGGUGCAUUGUAACUUGCUUAUUGUUUUUGUCAUGUUAUCUUUGUUAUCUUUUUACUCUUUUUUAAAAUCCCAAAUAUCCCUAAAGUAACAUCAUAUCCAAGGCAGCCAAAGUCUUAUUUUUACCAUAUCAUAUAAUGAUCCAUACCAUUGUGUUUUUUCUCAUUACUUAAAAGUAUGUCAUUCUAAUAUAAUCUUUACACACACAAUAACAUCAAGAUGGACAUCAUUACUUUAUGUUUAUGUGUUCUGUAGUAUAUCUUGUCAUAUUUUAUAUUAGCAUCUAAAAAAAAUUUGAUCUUUAUUGUUGCUAAUGUGCAUUAAUGUAAAUGUGUACUUGCCCUCUGAGUGUAUUUGUUUUAAUCUAAUCUUGUUCUUUUAUUUCUGAUUCUAAGAAUAAAUCAUGUGAAGUUGAA